UGUCUCAACAAUUACAACAGAUGGCCAGACUGAUAAUGCAAUUAGUUUGGCACAAAUAAAGUGGGGAAGCGGGCCCCACUUUUUUUAAAAAAAAAAAAAUGAUUGCGUGAUAUUUUACACACUGCAUUUAGCUGUGCUCAUACUGUAAAUAGGUAUACAUGUCUGGGUUACAGUGUUUGAAGCAUCCAAACACAAACACAAAUUGCGCUUGGAACAAAUCGUUCGCACACCAGUGCAGUUUGAAUGGUGUCAUUGAUUGGACUGUCCCAGCCGCACGCGAGAUGGCCAUAAAUAAAUUCCCAGCUAGUAUAAUCAGUAUCAUACAAGACCUAUGCCAGUUUAAAGAAUACGAAUAUACCCCAGAAUGCAAAAGCCUUGUCACUAGAUUAACUGGUGAAGACAAAUCCAUUAUGGCUUGGCACAAAGAGCUGCUAAAACCUCAUGAAUUCACCGACAAAGCAUUUGACCCUUUAGAUCAUCAGGACUGGGAUUAUGUUAAGUUUAUGACGGAGCAUUUCUUAAAAAUUGAUGGAAGCACCGACCAGUCCUCGAGACUUGGUGAACGAACUGCAGUCUCGUAUGCAAGUCAACCCAUUAUUGAUAAUCAUUUAUGGCUGACUUGCGCAUUUCUUUCUGAUGCAAAAAAUGGAUUGAAGUCGGUAAUGAUUUUACCGCGGGUCAGCCCAAAACAGAUGAAUUGGGUUUGGGAUGACGCUAAAGGCGUCCUGGACUGUCCGGUUUUAAUUGAAAAACAUGCGCUUGAGUAUUCAAACCAUCUGAUUUGGAAUAUCGAACCUUUUAAAGGAAAUAUGGUUGAUUAUUGAGUUCGCAGGAUGAAAUGUAUCUUCGUCAACAGCAAAAUUUGACGGCGACAUCAAAAAAAAAAAUCUUUGACAAUGCUUUGAAGACAAUCAAACGAAGUGGAAGAGAUAUAUUUUUUUACUGUUCUCUACUUUAACAAUUUGAUUUAUUACGAG